AUGGCAGAUGCUCAGGUCUUCGGUAAUACGCCGCAGCCCGAGCGGCCGCGUAAAAGACGCCGUCGCACUGUGGCCUGCACUCAAUGCCGCAGCCGCAAAAUGCGCUGUGAUCGCGAAUAUCCGGCUUGCAGCCGCUGCCUCAAGAACAAAACGCCAACGAAGUGUACCUAUGAGGAUGGCUUCCUGUGGCAACAGCCCGCUACCGUACCGACUGCGACGUUCACCUUAGACCGAGGCACCACAGUCUCAACGCCCCGAACUGAUCAGACCCCUGCUCAGACGCCUCCGCACUCGGGUUUAGGCCCGGCAUCGACUCGGUCCGAAGCACUUCUUUCGACAACUGCAGUGGUCCCCGGUUCAACUCCAUUUGAGGGGCCGCACCAUCACCAUGGGGGAAGACACCACGGCCGUGAGCGUGGUUUCCUCGAGACCGUCCUGGGGGCUCCCAGGGCGGCUGUCAAUCAGGAACCGUAUGUCAAUACGGGGGUCCUGCAGCGGCCGAAACGUGCCAUUCCUGAACCGGAAAUGCCAUUUGAGUCGCAGGUCGACCACGGGGACGUUGAUUUUGAAGGCUCCGAUGAUCCACUGUCGCCAUCCCAGCAGUUGGAUCUGUCUCCCCGCAUCAUGAUGGGAGGUCGAGAGACCAAGACUCGGUUCGGUGGAUCGGGCAUAUAUGCGAAUUUAGUAGCCCAGUUCCCCGAUAUCAGAUCCUUCGCAGAAGAAAUCAGAUUGUCAAAUCCCAUUCUCUCGAGGGUCCGACCCGAUCUGGAGAGAGUCAAGAGGGGUGUUUGGAAAAUAAUGCCACUUAAUACGCCCUUUCCUGAUCCUACAAUGGCGUCACUGGUUGCUUUACUGCCACAGCGCCCGGUGGUCGACGAACUCAUUAGCUUGUACCUGACUUACAUCGAAUCUACGCACCGCAUCUUUCAUGUCCCUUCUUUCCUGAAGGAAGUGGAUGACUUCUUUACCAGGAUCGAUAAUCCAAAAAAUGCAUCGGCGACAUUUGUCGUGCAGCUUCUGCUGGUCCUCUCCUGCGCGUGGAACCUUGCAGAAGCAGGCAGUCUGCAAGAGAAAAGCACCGUCCCACUCAAAUGCUACACAGCGGUGGAAUGGGUGUUGCAUGCAGAUAAAUGGAUCGAGAACACCAGCAUCAAACGAUUCGGAAUUGGUGUCUUCCGACUCUAUAUUUUAUUGGUGACGGCUCUGAACUGCCAUGGCAUGAAACGCAGCAAGGCCUGGAUUACUACUGGGUCCCUGGUCCAGAAUGCUAUGCUAUCGGGGUAUCAUCGCGAUCCAAACAAAUAUACACGCAUAUCCGUGUUCAAUAAGGAGAUGCGACGGCGGAUUUGGAUGACCAUCGUGGAGUUGAACCUACAGGUUUCUUUUGAUCGAGGCAUGCCGCCGUCAGUUCAAAGCUCGGACUACGACACCAUACCUCCUUUGAACAUCGAUGACGAAGAGAUACAUGAGAACUCUACCGAGGCACCAGAGGAUCGGCCACUCAGCAAUAUCACCGACUGUUCAUUUCAAACUGCCCUCGCACGUUCGCUGGACCUCCGCCUGAAAACUUGCUAUCUGAUGCAUUCUCCUCGCAUCAGUUGUCGAUACGAGGAGAUCCAACGCCUCGACUGGGAAUUAAGCCUGCAGCUCUCUCGCAUUCCCAUUUGGGGUCCAUCUGAGGCCAGUGACCUUGUAACUCAGCACAAAAUCAGUUUAUGGAAGGCCAUGAUUGAGACAAAGAUCGCGCAUGCUCUGCUUUCGAUCCACACCCCAUUUGCGAUCGAAGCUCGACGCGAGUCACUUUUUGCACCCUCGGCCAGGUCUCGCUUGGAUGCAGCAGUUAUGAUCCUUUCUACCCAGCGCCGGUUACACGAGACCUCGCUGCCGCUAUCGCUUUGUAUGCUCGGGGAGUGGACUCUCCUGGCGUACAUCUCCAUUUGCCAGCAUCUCCAUACUAUGGAUCACCACAAUUCUAAUCCGUCGUACCCUUCAUCCUCCCUCUUCAUGAUGCAUACUCUGCCAGGUCUGCCCGACUCUCUUCUGGCGCUCGUGGAAUCGGCCCUCGUAUCUCUCGAAGACCGGUUCCUGCUGGUCAUCAAAGGUGCAAAGGACUGUUUCUUCCUGUCGACCAUUGUCGCAUUGGUCAAGGCCAAGCUUUGGACAGUCCAGGCGAUCGUUUACAAGCAGCAGGUUGUGGAGCGAGUGCUGUCUUUUGCACAGAAACUCUUUACGCGUCACGCGACCUGUGAGCACCUAGGUGCCUCGGGCAUGGGAAGCUUUAAGAACAACCAGGUGGCUGCCUUCGUCGCAACUUCCGGGAUGUCGGCCGUCCUGCCAUCGGACUUGGACUGCAUUCUCCCCCCGCCCAAUCUCGGCGUGACACCGCCGGAAGAGUUUGACCCCUUUUUGGAUGUAUUCAACUGGGAGGAUCUAACCGGGAUCGCGCUCGGCAACUGA